AUGGAGAGGUUAAAAGAGAAACAAAAAGGCCACGUUAAUGUUGAGGAAAAUGAAGAUGGCAAGGAUAGUGAAUCAUAUAAAUACUCAUUGAAUGGUAUACACUUUGAAGAUAAUGAAGAAGAGAGGAUGCACGAUUUUGAUGAAGACAUGGGUGAAGAUGCUGGUACAGGUGGAGUGGAUAAUGGUGAUGGUAUAGGUCAAAUGGAUAAUGGUCAAGGGAUACAUAAAGGGUUGACUACAACUGAGAUGCAAAGGCAACAUUUAAUUGAGGAUGAUCACAUCAUAGAUGAACUUGAUAGUGGGGCAAAUGAUGAUAGUGAUAGUGGUAGGCCUCCAUUGAUAAGGGACUGGUGA